CAUCAACACCCCUAGAAAUGUAUACAAAAGAAUGGAACAACGCUGUUGGUGGAUAAUCCCAUGCCGACAAACACCUUUUUGCCGAGACCAAUAAGCAUCGACCUAUGAAUCCACGAAAAGGGACGACAGUUUGUACCCCAAAACUGUCUCCGAAGCUCCGUAUCCAAUAGAGUGAAGUUAGUUCUCCAGCAAAGCUACGGUUCAAUCAAUUUAGCCAGACUAACCGAUAAGCGGCCGAGAUCCAGCGAGAUUCAACCCCACCGCCGGCCAUAAGAGGCGCCUCGUCCUUCUUGAGGAACAACUGUCGCAAACAGAACUGUGUGCUAUUGAGCUCUAGUAGUGACUGAUUUGAAUCUGAUCUGAUUGUCUGAUUGUCUGCGUGUUUGCUGUUUGCUGUUUGCUGUCUGCAUCAUGUCUAACGGAGUUGCCCAAUCGGCCGAGGAGGCCUUGUAUAAGCCGUACGACCAGUUCAUCCUAUUUGGAGACUCGAUCACGCAAAUGUCUUCGGAUCAGAGCAUGGGGUUUGGUUUUCAGCCCGCUCUGCAGGAUGCCUACAGCCGCCGCUUGGAUGUGAUCAAUCGUGGGUUCGGUGGCUAUACCACCGCGCAUGCGGUCAAGGUCUUUCCCAAGUUCUUCCCCAAACCGGAGACGGCUACUGUUCGGUUUAUGACAAUAUUUUUCGGAGCAAAUGAUGCGGCCGUCCCUGGACACUACCAGCACGUUCCAGUGGAGACUUACAAGGAGAACCUGAAGAGGAUCAUCCAGCACCCGGCGACAAUUGCUCAAAACCCAAGGAUACUGAUCCUGACCCCGCCACCGGUGAAUGAAUACCAGCUGGAAGAAUUCGAUAUCGCAAAGAACACACCCCAUCCCAGCAGAACAGUCAAGCAGACCAAGCUGUAUUCGGAGGCCGCCCGCGAGGUCGCCGCGUCGUUAGGGGUUGCGGUGGUAGAUCUCUGGACUGCGUUCAUGACUGCGGCAGGUUGGAAAGAGGGAGAACCUCUGAUCGGCUCCAGAGAUGCCCCUAAUAAUGAGAAGCUGCAGAGUUUCUUCACGGAUGGAUUGCACUUUACCGGUGACGGUUAUCGGCUCAUGUAUGAGGAAGUGAUUAAGACUAUCACAGCCAAGUGGCCGGAUCAAGCCCCCGAGGCGCUCGAGAUGGUUUUUCCUGGGUGGAUGGAAGCUCCCAAAUGAUGUUGUUCCAAUGAGCUCCUGGAAUCGACCGGUGGUCAACGUACACCAAAGCUGACACGAUCAGUAGAAAUUCACAUUAUCAAAUAUAAAUACAAACAUUCUCAUCGCAGUGAUUGAUCACAGAUAAUUGAUGAGUUUGAUCAGAUGUCAGAAGCAAU